AUGGCAGAAGCUGCAGCUCAAAUCGUGUUGGACAAGAUCAGCCAAGGGCAUCUGGAAUGUCCGAUCUGUUGCUGUCGUUUCACGAAUCCUAAGAUGCUGGACUGUCUGCACAGCUUUUGCCUGAACUGUCUGGAAGAGAUGAUGAGCAAACAGAAGUCAGAGACUGAGAGGAUAACAUGUCCAGUCUGUAGGAGAGAGACGCAAACUCCUGAUGGAGGAUUGCAGAGUCUUUCUUCCAGCUUCUUUUUGAUUUCUCUUGUCGAUGAAAUAAACAAACAAGAGAAAUUAUUAGGGAAGGCAUUAUCUGCUUGUACAACGUGUGAAUCGUGUGAAGAAGGACUCGGACAUGAUGCAAUAUCAAGAUGUCUUGACUGCAAGGCGAAUUUCUGCAAGAAAUGCCAAGAAGCGCACCAGCGUCUGAAGUACACCAAAGACCAUUGCAUCAUUCCAGCUCAUGGAUUGGACGAAUCGAGGGUUUUAGCAACGGAUAUUAGCAUUCCACCAAAAUGUAGAAAGCACAUUGAACAGUCGUUAUGUUUUCGCUGUGAAACCUGCGAUACCUUGAUUUGCGCAUUGUGUGCUGCAACAGAGCACCGGUCAGCGGAACAUAAGUUCAUUGGCAUAACUGAUGCUAUUGAAUCAUUUCGUCAGAGUGUCAAUGACAUACUGCAUAACUUCGAGAAAAGCAAGGAGCAAUUUGCUUCAAAUGAAGACUCUAUCGAACGUGCACGAAAUAGACUACAAAAGAAACUGGUUCAGGCUCGUAGUGAUAUCUCUUCAAAGGCGGAGGCAGAGAUCGCUAAAAUCAGAAACAAAGCAAAGCUUCUCACCGACAAGGUCGACCAAAUCGGUCAGGAGAGAGACAGUGAGUACGAAAAUGCGCUCAUUCACAACCGUGACCAGAUGGAACGCGCAGAUCAGAUCGUCACGGCCGUAAAUAACUUGAUGAGACAAGCCGAUGAUUUCGAGCUUUUGGAGCUCAGGCCGAAGGUGAUGCACAACUUAGAAUUCCAGAAGGAGCUCAAGUGUGAAAAGGCAAAGCUGGAUAUGUCGUUCAUCGGGGUCGACUGUCACGAUGUCAUCAGUGACACGGAUCUGGGAGAAAUACUGCUCAAAGAGAAAUGGCAGUUGAAGGAAGAGUUCGGCAAAGAAGGCACCGAUGACGGGGAAUUCAAAUUUGCAACAGGAGUUGCGUGUUUCAGCAAUGGGGACAUUGUUGUAACUGAUACAACCCAGAAACGGCUAUCGUUGUUUACAUUCACUGGUCAGUUCAAAACAUCAGUUGUUCAAGGAGGUGAAUGCAAUCAGUUGGAAGCUCCCUGGGGCGUUGUUACCUAUGAUGAUCUUCUUUUCGUCACUGACAAAAAGAAAGUGAAGGUUUUUGACUUGGAGGUAAAAUUUGUUCGCGAGUUUACACCCUCGGUUGACGAUGCAGAUGGGCUAUCAAAGAGUAUCCUCCGUGGUAUUGCUUUGGACAAUCAACGAGUAGCAGUGGCUGAUUGGGGGAGAAAAGUCAUCAGUGUCCACAACUUGGACGGAUCGUUGAUUGCAAGCACAUCAAACAACAUGGUUGGAUGUUACAUCGCAAUGAGCAACAACAAAGAGCGGCUGAUCUUCACAAACUACGAGGAGAAGAGGUUGCUGUGCAUUGACUUUAAGGGCAAUGAGGAGUUCAACGUAAUGACCUUACUGAACGGGAGCCCAGCGAAACCGACUAGUGUCCUGUGCGAUGAUGAUGGGAGCAUCUAUGUCGCGCUUCACACUGGUACUUUGGGAACUAGUGCAGUGCAACAUUACGACUCUAAUGGUGCAUUCAUAGCAACAGUUGCACAAGGGUUGUACAAUCCUGUAGAAAUGGCAUUCACCCGCGCUGGUGACGUCGUUGUCGCAGACAAACACACCGUCAAGAUCGUUCAGCGGAUGUGA